AUGGCCAACGUUGCUCUUAGCCUGGACGAAGACUCUCUGCUGCCCGAGGUGCGAGAGGCCUUGUGGAACACGCGCUGCACAGACAUGCUCUGUGAUGGUCUGCUGAAGACAGACGACGGGGGAGAGUUUGCAGUCCACAAGGUCAUCAUGGCCACCUGCAGCGAGUACUUCAGAGCACUGUUCGGUUGUCGUAAGAUCAAGGAGACGCGUAGCGAAGCACUGAUUCCCGGAGUUAUAAAGCAGACCAUGGCCAUCAUCGUGGAGUUUGCGUACAAGCGUAUGACGCGGGUGGACUGCGAUAACGUCGAAAGCCUGCUGGAGGCGGCUGACUACCUCUGCGUCAUGGGCAUAAUCAAGGACUGCUGCGACUUCCUUGUCUCAAUCAUGACUCCCGAAAACUGCAUUUCCAUACGCAAUGUGGCCAAGCUGUACAACUGUUCCGGUCCUCACCACGAAGGCUUACAAGUCGCAAACCCCUUUGAUUUAUCUCUAAUUCACUCUGCCCUCUAUUUGAUGCAGAACUUCAUCGAGGUGUCUGAGAGAGGCGAGGAGCUGCUCCACCUGGAGAUUGACGAAGUGGAGGCCAUUAUGUCGGACGAGAACCUUAACGUCAUCAAGGAGGAGACCGUCUGGAAAGCGGUGAUUCGCUGGAUUGACUUCGACAGCGACAACAGGAAGCAGUAUAUCUCCCGACUCUUCAAAUGCGUUCGCAUGGGGCUUGUGGACACAGACUUCUUCGUCGAAAAGAUCAAGGCGUGCAAGUACGUGGCCGAUGACGAGGCUUGCAGGCCCCUGGUCGUGGAGACGCUUCGCUUCCUCUAUGAUCUCGACGUCAUGGUGCACAAUCAGCAGGUGCCAACGCCUCUGUUCGUCCGGCCACGCAUACCGCGUGAGGUGGUGUUCAUCGUGGGAGGCUGGAAUGCCGGAGGGCCAACGGCCGUCGUCGAGACCUACGACACGAAGGCUGACCGAUGGAUUGACGUGCACACCACCGACCCAUUUGGACCUUGUGCCUAUCACAAGUGCGCAGUGGUCGGCUUUGAAAUCUACGUCAUCGGAGGCUUCAACGGUGAAGACUACUACAGCCGCGUGCGAUGCUUCAACGCACAUACCAAGGAGUGGCGCUCUGUCAAUCCCAUGCACGUCAAAAGGUGCUACGUCAGCGUUGCCGUACUGAACGAAAUCAUCUAUGCCAUGGGCGGAUUCGACGGUCGGAACAGACAUAACACAGUGGAGAAGUUCGACACCUACGCAAAUCAGUGGACCAUGAUCGCGCCCAUGCACGUACAACGCAGCGACGCGUGUGCCACUGCACACGGAGGCUACGUGUACGUGACAGGCGGCUUCAGCGGCAACGAAUGCCUUAGUUCGGCCGAGAGGUACGACCCGUUGCCCGGCCAGUGGACGGUCAUUUCGUCCAUGCGGUUCCGUCGAAGUGGCGUGGGCUGCAUCGGAUUCCUCGACUGCGUCUAUGCUGUCGGUGGCUUCAACGGAUCCUCGAGGCUGUGCUCGGCCGAGAAGUACAACCCGGAGACUAACAGAUGGACGACCCUUCCCACCAUGAACUCCUCGAGGAGCAACUUCGCCAUGGCGGUCAUCGACAACCUGGUCUUUGCCAUUGGCGGCUUCAACGGUCGAAGCACAAUCAACCUGGCCGAGUGCUACGACCAUGUCACCGACCAGUGGUACGAGGCAACGGAUAUGACCGGGGCCCGGUCGGCGCUCGCCGCCUGCGUCAUCUCCGGUCUACCCAACAUACGAGACUAUAUCCACCAGCACCCCGACAACCUGAUGGAAGAAAAGCGCCAAAAGAUGCUCGAGAUCCUCAGGCAGCGGUCUCGUCUCAACACGCGUGAUAUCAACGACAACUCCUAG